AUGGCCAGGAACACCUUCGUAGAGGCGAACCGUCGUCUCGAGGACGAACGACGAGCAAAAUACUGCGGAACGGCCAGCAUCAGGCUUGAUUUACCCCCUGAAGUCAAGUUGGAAUGUGUGCAGGGUUGUGACCGUCUUACGGCGGCUGAUGACGUCCUCGAUGGCGCGAACAAGCGUUGGGUGGUGGACCUCUUCCUCGACGACCUAAGUGACGACCUGAAGCGGAUGCUCCUUGAAGACUACGACCACCAGAAAGCCCCUAGCGAUGGCGAGUUGUAUCGCAAAAUCCGGGAGUACCAAGGCAUUGGCGGCCAAGAGAACGACUUCUUCGAGAGGUUGUGGCUGGGACGGCUGGCGGUGUCGGAAAACCGCCGGAAAAACUUUGACCAACUUUGUCGGCACCGCAAGUAUGCCGCAGCCUUCGAUGACUUGCUGGAAAUCCCGGCGCUGAUGGGAGGGAUGCGACUUAGCGUAGUGCACCAGAUGAUCCCGAUGAAAUGUGACGAGCCAAAUAUUGUCUACCUUAGGAAUAUCCGCAAAUGGUGGAGCGGACUUUGCGGCGGCAGCCACGAGACCAUGUGCCAAAUUGACAGUGCGACCGUCGAGGCUCUGCAGGGAGACGUCGCGCUGAGAAUUGACUUGGGGAUGCGGCAGCUCUGGCUGGCCGCAUUCCGCAUGUACCAAGACCUGCCGACCGACGCGCGAAAGAAAGAACGCUUGGCGAAAGCGCGAAUGAAACCAGACGAAAGCGCACUUUAUGACCUCGCCUCGCUUGCUUCGCGACUUGGAUUCGAGUCGGAAAAAGUGAGAAAGAUAUUGCAGGCGUCACCGGACAGGGCCAUCGCCGAACACGCACUGCUCGCGGCUCGGAAGCCAGGGCGAUUCCAGUACGCAAAUCGCGAGCAGCGCAUCCAACAAGUGGUUGACGUAUUCGCAACGGCCGUUCCAAUGUCUGACGCUGAAGCAUCGGAGCAUGCGGAUACUACUACCGUGCGUGUGCAACCUCCAAACCGAUACGGAAUACCCCACCAUCUGGAUCACGAACGCGAUAAAGCCCGGCUGUUCCUUUCGAAGCUGGGCGAAGCAGCAGAAUCGAAUCAAACAGAGCUGGGCUCGUUGUUCAUCAGAAGGUCGGUGUAUUGGGCCUACUUUGGACUACCUCCAUCGACCGAGGGCUGCCUUGCAGUCCGCGAAACGACAAAUCUAGAUCUGUCCAUGCCUGACCAGCCAUCCUCACCGUUGGAGAUCUCAAAUCGUGACGACUCGCAUCGAGUAGAUGACCAUAGGUCCAAGCUGCAACAGUUACAGCGAGACAUUGAGAAUGAGCAGACAAAGUUAGCUCAGCUCAAAAUUCUGCUUGCCGCAGAGCAGAGCAAGAUCGAGGAGAAGGAAAGGCUGCUGAGACUGCUCGCUAGACAAGAUGAGGAACAACACGCCAGGAUCGAGGACAAGGAAACAUUGUUGGGACUACUCGCAGGGAAAGAGGACGAACUACACGCCAAGAUCGAGGAGGAGGAAGCAUUGUUGGGACUACUCGCUAGACGAGAGGAGGAACACCACGCAAAGCUGCGACAGUUGGAAGAAACGCAGCAGGAGCAACAGAACAAACUGGAUCGCUUGACAAAAAGGGUGCAGGAGGAAGAAGAGAGACAGCGCACAGAAAUGGCUCUUGCGCUACGGGAUGACCCCGUCUCUGAGGCCGAGGAACUCGGGGGGAAUGAAAGGUUACGGACCGAGAACCAGCAAGUCCCCAAGGGAAUGAAUGUGGCAUCAAGACGGGCCAACAGACGAACGCGGUUUUCCUUCGGGAGGCUCCUUGAGGACGCGCCGUCCGGCCUUUGGACGGGAAUGGCAAGCGCAGAAGACGGGGGCAUCCUGCCAGAGACCAUUCGCAUCGAGUUCAAGUUGCUCGAGCAGAGCGGCAUGUUGAAAGUUGUCGAUACUCUAGAUGUUGAUCCUGCUGAUCCAUCACCAGUGCGUCGGCUCGCGGGGAACGCCCAAGAACUGCUUCGAAAAGGCUACGAUGGGCGGGGCUAA